AUCACUUUAAACUAAUCAGAAAUCCACUCUAUACAUUGCUAAUGUGGUAAAUGACUAUUCUAGCUGCAAAUGUCUGGUUUUUGGUGCAAUAUCUACAUAGGUGUAUAGAGGCCCAUUUCCAGCAACUAUCAGUCAGUGCAUUUACAUGCACAUAGAGAAAAUCAAAUUUCUGCCGUAGCUCGACUGAAAUCGAAGUUCUAAAUGCCAUGGAAACACCUUAGCUCGGCUGAAAUCGAACCGAACUGGAUUUCUCGUAAUCGAGCUACGCGACCUAGAUUAUGCAAUUGUAGCCGAGCUACUUAGUGCAUGUAAACCCUAUCGAGCUACGUAGUUGAGCUACUUACUUCAGCACUGCCCCUUCUGGAAGUGACGAGUGACGAGACCACAAGCGGGAAACACAACAGCCUCGGUCGGCAUGACAACAGUAGUAGUAGCGAGCAGCAGAAGGGAACACAGAACUGAUAACUUUGUUUAUACUCUUGAAUAGCUCUUCUUCAUGAUGACAACCGGAAGUGUACCAACACGAUGGGGUGUGUAGCGCCACCUGUGGCUCGGGUGCACAAUGUACCUCACACAAUAGCUCGAUUUCCUUGUGUGCAUGUAGGAUUGGAUUUCUCUGGCACCCCUGCUGGGACCCUUAGCUCGAUUACCGACAGUAGCUCGAUUUGGAUGUGCAUGUAAACGCACUGACUCCAGUGUUCUAAAGGCCAAUUUAUGCUGACAACGCAGUCCUCGCAGAUGGCGUCUGCGUAGCCCCCCCACCUUCGCAGACGCUCUGUGCGCACCUCCCAAAAAUUGUGACCACCGCAGAAGCCUUGCAGACAGCGUCGCAGACAAGAGGGCUCUGAUUGGUCCACUCUACAUCCGCUGUACACGCACUUCCACUUCCCUACUUUCCCGGUUUGGUUUGUUUUCACGACUGCCAUUUUUAAAAACACGAGCGAAGAUGGAGCAGCACGAAGAGCGGUUGAUCGAGGAAGUGAGGAAGUACGUACAUCUAUACGACCCCAGUUCUAGUCAUUAUAAGUAACCGGAGGAUAAACACUCCACUAACCACACCCACCAACUACUCCUAGCGAUUUCGCGACUUCGCGCCCCCUUGCGUUGUGGCGGUGAAUAACAUCGCGCACGCCUAUUACUCCCCGCUCAACGAUAAAUUACAACUGUCUGCGAAACGCUAUCUGCGAAAGCCUUGUCGCAAGAGCAUGCAGAGGCCUAAUGGUACAAUGUGUUUGCUCAUUGCCUCAGAAGGCUAAUGGAUGAUUAGAAAACCCUUGUACAAUCAUGUUAGCACAGCUGAAAACAGUUGAGCUCUUUAGAGAAGCUAUAAAACUGACCUUCCUUUGAGCAGAUUGAGUUUCUGGAGCAUCACAUUUGUGGGGUCGAUUAAACGCUCAAAAUGGCCAGAAAAAUGUCUUGACUAUAUUUUCUAUUCAUUUUACAACUUAUGGUGGGAAAUAAAAGUGUGACUUUUCAUGGAAAACACAAAAUUGUCUGGGUGACCCCAAACUUUUGAACGGUAGUGUAUAUCAAUCAUAAAUUCAUGCUAAAUACUACAACAAUUUUCACCAUGCUCUCAAAAAAAAAAAAAUUGUAGCAAGCUAAAGCAGUUUGUCUGUGUGUGUGUGUGUGUCCAGUGUGUAACUGGAGGUGUGAGGGCCAUAAAAUAUCGAAAUAAGAGAGCAGUCUUUCUAACCUAGUCAACAGUUGAUCAAAAAGAUAACUGUGGCUACAGAGACCUUCACACCUUUUGGUGCCUCCAGAGACAGAAAGUCUACGGGAAUCCCAGCACAUUCUGAAACUCAAAACCACAAGCUAAAGUUAAAAUUCUCUCAGACUGGUUCAUCAAAAUCUGAGGAACAAAAACUUCAACAUGUGUCAUCCUUCAGGUCAUACUCCGAGAGAACAGUAGAAGGAUAAACUAGGUUAUCUGGUGUGCACAGAACAGUAUGGCCCUGUUCAAAGGAAAUGGAACAAUCGAGCUUAGUAAAAAUAUCACGACCUAAUAGAUUAAAAGGGGUGAUAGGAAUGACGCAAGCGUUUUCAGGACUCAAAAAGGUUGUUAUGAAAAGCAGAGUGAAAUCAGAAGCAGAUUGAAUGCAGAUAUACAACACUGUCGCUCUGAGUUACGGCAGAGAUUCGACUUUUCGUUAUGGCUUUCCGAGGUGCCAAGCGCAGUGGCGUUGAUGCCAGUAUUGGCAUAAAAGCACAGUGUAUAGACGAGGAGAUGAGAGAGCUGGAUAGACUAAAGGACUAAAGCGCUGCUGCAUCGCUCUCUUCAAGAAGAGAUGAAGCAAGAACUAAACCCUACUGGCACCACGAAUGGCAGGUAGCUGAACAGGACAGUGGGCGAUGGCAUCUCGCCGCGCACUUAAAGCCGUGCUCAUUGAUCUAAGUGGGACUCUUCACAUCGAGGACACGGCUGUACCUGGAGCUCAGGAAGCACUCACAAGGUUGCGUUGUGCUCCAGUGGCUGUCAAGUUUGUAACGAACACAACGAAAGAAUGUAAGAGGACGCUCCUUGAACGACUGCGGCGUCUCAGCUUUGACAUAGAAGAGCAGGAGAUCUUUACCUCACUGACUGCAGCUCGAAACCUGUUGGAGCAGAAGGAGAUGCGCCCCCUGCUGCUGGUGGAGGAUAGUGCACUGGAGGACUUUACAGGUAUACAAACUUCAGAUCCGAAUGCUGUUGUGAUUGGCUUAGCGCCAGACCACUUCAACUAUGAGAUGCUUAAUAAAGCUUUCAGGCUCAUUCUAGAUGGUGCCCCUCUCAUCGCCAUCCAUAAAGCCCGUUACUACAAGAGGAAAGACGGCCUGGCGUUGGGACCCGGACCGUUUGUGACGGGGCUGGAAUAUUCCACUGACACACAGGCCACUGUAGUGGGCAAACCAGAGAAAACCUUUUUCCUGGAAGCGCUGCGGGAUCUGAACUGCAGCCCUGACGAGGCCGUAAUGAUCGGAGAUGAUGCUAGAGAUGAUGUUGGCGGAGCUCAGAACACAGGCAUGCUGGGAAUAUUAGUCAAAACCGGUAAAUACAGAGCAGGUGAUGAAGGCAAAAUAAAUCCUCCUCCUCACCUGACCUGUGAGAGCUUCCCCGAAGCUGUGCAUCACAUCCUUCAACAUCUGCUAGACACCAAAUAAUUUUUGUGGUGCUGUUUAAAGGUACAUUUAACAUGUUUAUACUGUAUGUGUACCAAAAACACAGUACAGUGAAGUGCAUUUGUGUUGGUUUCACUCGUCCUCCUGCAUUUGUCUUCUGACCAAAUAACAUGUCAUUCUUACCACAACAAUUGUAAAAAAUAAAAUGCCUUGAACAUUUCCUAUGACAGCGUUACACUCCAGACUCGUACGAUGAAGCUGAGCCGAUGUUAUAAAUAAUAAAAACUACACAGGUUUAAAAUA